UACUAACCUCUAUAUAAUUUGGAUGAACUGCACUGCUAAUCAACACAUUAAAAUCUCUUCCUUAGAAAUCUAAACUAUGGAAUACCAAUUCCCAAUCUUUGUUUCCUUCAUAAUUUUCAUCUUCAUGCUAUUCAAAAUACUUAAGAAAUCAAAAACUUCAACUCCAAAUCUUCCCCCAGGACCAUGGAAGCUACCUCUAAUAGGCAACAUGCACCAAUUAGCCGGAGCCCUACCGCACCGUCGCCUCGGAAACUUAGCGAACAAAUACGGACCUAUAAUGCGCCUUCAGUUAGGCGAAACCACAAACAUUGUAGUAUCCUCAUCGGAAUAUGCCAAGCAAGUCAUGAAAACCCAUGACAUCACCUUCGCUCAACGCCCUCAUCUCCUCGCGACGACCGUUGCAACUUAUAACUACACAGACAUCGCAUUUGCUCCGUACGGAGAUUACUGGAGACAAAUGCGAAAAAUAUGCACGCUCGAGCUACUAACCGCAAAACGCGUGCAGUCGUUUCGAUCAAUUCGGGAAGAGGAAGUAUCGAAACUUACGAAAUCUUUAUCUACGAGUUCCGGACAGGUGAUAAAUUUCAGCAGCAUGCUCAAUGCGGUGACGUAUAGUAUCAUUUCGAGAGCGGCAUUCAGUAAGAUAUGGAAGGGAGAAGAUAUUUUCAUAUCGUCUAUGAAGAAAAUGAUCGUCGCCGCCGGCGGUUUUAGCCUGGCUGACGUGUAUCCUUCCGUUCAGGCGCUGCAUUGGAUUGAUGGAAUGAAAUCAAGAUUGGAGAAAGUUCAGGUAUUAAUAGAUAAUAUAUUUCAAGAUAUUAUUGAUGAGCAUAGAACUGAGAGGGCAGCAAGAAAAUCUGGCGGUAAAGAAGAAGAAGAUUUUGUGGACGUUCUUUUAAAUUUUCAGGAGCAUGGAAACCUUCAAAUUCCUUUGACAGACGACAACAUCAAGGCAGUCAUCCUGGACACUUUCACCGGAGGUAGUGAGACAUCAUCCACAACAGUAGAAUGGGUGAUGUCCGAGCUUCUGAAAAAUCCAAGAGUGAUGGAAAAAGCACAACAAGAGGUGAGAAAAGUAUUUGAUAGAGUAGGAAACGUAGACGAAUCGCGUAUGCAAGAACUAAACUACUUUAACCUGGUAAUCAAAGAAACUCUAAGGUUACACCCUCCUCUACCAUUAUUACUUCCAAGAGAAUGCAGAGAGAACUGUGUGAUUAACGGUUACGACAUUCCAGCUAAAUCCAAGCUAAUUGUGAAUGUAUGGGCAAUCGGAAGGGACCCUAAUUACUGGAAAGACGCUGAAAAAUUCUAUCCCGAAAGAUUUGAAGAUUGCUCAAUUGAUUAUAAGGGAACUGAUUUUGAACUGCUUCCAUUUGGUGCUGGAAGAAGGAUUUGUCCAGGAAUAUUAUUUGGUAUGAGCAAUGUUGAGUAUCCACUUGCACAAUUGCUUUACCAUUUUGAUUGGAAACUACCUGAUGGAGUGAAACCGGAAACUCUGAACAUGGAUGAAGUUUUUGGAGCUGUAGUGAAGAAGAAAAAUGAUCUUUAUGCAAUUGCGACGCCAUACCUUUCUCCGGCUGUCAAGUAAAAUCUGCAGCGAGAUUUCUAUAAGUGUUGCAUCAAUAUAAUAAUGAAUUGAUUUUUAAAUCAGUUGUUUUAAUGACAUGGUUGUAGAGUCUUAUACCUAAGGCUAAGUGGUACCGUUCAUACAUGUUGUGAUACACAAGACUCGAUCAUUAUCUAAUAGAUUUGUUUUUCUAUUUUCAUUCCAUUA